GAAUUUUUCGAACUUUCCCUCCCUUCCAACCUCAAAAAGGCAAACUUUCUGUUCUUACUGUGCUCUCACAUUUUUUCCUUUUCAAACUUCAAUACCGGUUUUUUUCUAUUCUCUUCUUGACUCCACCAUGUCUGAGAUCAACUACGAAAACGGCCAGCCGACCUACACGGGUGACACCGUCGUGAAGUGCUUCAAGGACAACGGAAACGGCCUGCUCUUCCGCAUCGUCAACAACGACGAGCACAAGUGGGCGUUCUACAACGACACGACGAACUACAACAUGGUGGUGAAGGUCUCCUUCGGCAAGGACAGCAAGAUCGAGGCGCUCGGCAACACGAAGAUGGAGAAGGACGAGGAGAGCGGCGAGUUUAAGUGCGAACUGCACAUCGCGCCGACGCAGACGGAGAUGUUUAUCGAGGGCGAGCCUAACGGCUUCAAGAUCAGCUUCGAGGCCAACCCGAUCCCGAAGGCGUAA